AGGAACCGGGGCUGGCAGAGUUUGGAGAGGAAACUUUCUCCCCCGUCCUGGCUGGAUGGGGUGACCGUGAUCGCGGCUCCCCGCCGCAGCCCUCAGCCGCCGUGCGGGGGGAACUUGCCGCCGCUGCCGUCCCACUGCGGGCUUGGGUCGCGGGGCUGCUUGGACAAGCGCUUUGCCUGGGGGAAGACUGCCGGGCUGACGGAGCGGAGAGAGGAGCCCUCGCUCCUUUGGUUCAUUUCCAAACAUUUUUGACAGAGGAAGGAUGUAAUAACAUGCCACGGGCAAUAAAUCAUAAGCUAGCUACUCCCCCUGGCUCCCCUCCCCCAGCCCCGGCGGUCCCGGCCCCUCUAUAGAGGGAGGGGCGGAGGGGACUCCAGCAGAGCGCCGCAGCCGUCAGGACCAGCAGUCCAGCUCCUGCCUCGCGCUCCGCCAGCCGCCCCAGCAUGGACCUCCGAGCCCUGGCUCUGCUCGCCUUCGCCCUGGCGAUCAUCUCCCUCUCGGAGGAGAAACCUGUCAGCCUGACUUACCGGUGCCCAUGUCGAUUCUACGAGAGCAACGUGGCAAGAGCCAACAUUAAGCACCUCAAAAUCCUCUCCACACCCAACUGCUCACUUCAGAUUGUUGCAAGGCUCAAGAGCAACAGCAAGCAAGUGUGCAUUGAUCCCAAGUUAAAGUGGAUCCAGGAAUAUCUGGAGAAAGCUUUAAACAAACCACGUCAUCGCACUCAUAAAAAAAAGCAACAGAAGAAACGGGGCCCACUCUGCCCUUCCCGUGCAACACCACUAAAGUCUCCAGGGAGGAAGAAUGGAGGUUCAAGAUGUAAGAGGCAAGCAUUGUAAGCCGUCUACAGGAUUUCUUACUGUAGGACCCAGAGAGCAGAUAACCAGUAUUAGGGAAUGAAUACAUUUCACUGUUAUCAUGCAGCACAAAAGCAACGCUUCAUGCAUUUCCAAAGGAUUUUUUUUUUGUUUGGGUUUUUUUGUGAUUUUUUUUUCCCCACAAAUUGGCUUGCUUUCACAGUGCUAUUUUUAUAUGGUAAGAUGUAACUAUUUGAGAAAAAAUAUGUUUUUAUACAGGUUGUUUUAUUACCUAGCACUGAGGGCAGAUAUGAAUUUAAACUAACCCUAUGUUAUUAUAUAAUAUUUUAUUUCCUUUGUUAUGUAGAGGUCCUGCUUUAUUUAACUUUCUUUUGGUUCAUGCAAGUCUCCUGGAGUUUUAAACCUAGAAGGACAUGAACUGUACAGUGCAAUGAUGUUGUGUAAGUAGUGGGGAACUCCUUGCCUCCAGAAGUCAUCAAGGCCAAGAACAUAGGAAGGCUAAAAGGCAUCAGUCAUUGAUGAAGGUGGAUAGCACUACUAUGGGUGGCAUUUAUAGGUAUAUUGAGUAAGGGAUCAAACUCAGGUCUACAGGGCUGAAGCCCUUCUCUGAAGAUCAGAGACCUUGGUUACAGCUGUGAGCAACUGGGUCAAUGCAAGGUGCUAGUACUUGGUUUGUAGCAGUUGUGUGUUUUAGGAGCCACAACACUGGCCUGAUGUCACCUGGCAUUUCCUAUGUUCCUGUGUUUCUGAUGACAAAUUUUAGCACAAAAAGGAAUGGGUUAUUAAAGGUCUAACCACACGUUCAUGUUGGAAAUCGCUGGAGCAGUCAAAUAUGCUUCCAUGCACCAUGUGUCUCUUCCCACCCAUCCACAGGAGGUGGCGUCAGCUCAUCUGGCUAGCUUUGCACUGAAGUAUGCAGAGAUGCAUUCACAUGACCCUUCACCAGUGAUGCUGUAGCCUUGGCUACUGAACAGUCACACAUACACGAGGGCAGUAACAUCUCUGAUUGCUCUGGAGAUACCUAGAAGAGGAUGUCUGGCCACAUCUUUGGCAAAAAGAGAUGCCUGGGCAAGAGAUGGUCUACCUAGUUUGUGGAAGGAGUGGUAUUUCCCAGGUGUGGAAAUGAAGGCUGACACUCACUGUUCAUCAGUGGUCAUGGCCCUGUUUGCUGGUGAACAGGAUGGCCUCUGCGAUUUCCUUUGCAAAGUACACCUGGGGACAGGUACCACUUCUUGCACUGAUUCCCUCUCUUAUCCAGAAAUGUCUUUCUCCUGAUUCUUACUUGUAUAUGCACUGUCUUUGCUAUAUAGUGUAUGGAAAGACACUUGGAGUACUGCAAUAAUCACAUUGCGCUCUGCGCCUGGAUCCAAGGGAAAGCACAUUUGUGCAGCACAAUGCUUGUGUUUGUGUGUAUCUGUGUGUGUAUUGUAAACAAAAAGAUGUUAUAAGAUUGUACUUUUUUUGAGCGGGUUGCUUCAAAAGGAAACCUCCCUCUUUGCAGCCUGUGUUGGGAACAUUGAGUGUUUCACUAAGCACUCCUUUUUGUGGCAGGCAUCUUCUGUGCCUAAGAGGCACUUUGGCUAGCCAGAAACUACCUUAUUUCCAUGUGGAUUCAGGUAAAAAUCUUUGAAGUAUUUUCCUCUCUGCAAAACAGUGCUAUUACAGAGAGUGCUUCAGUUGGGACCACAUCACCUCAUUUGCUUUAAAGAAGAAAUCAACUGCUGUGCCUAAAAUGUAUGUGUUAUGAUUUUGACAUUCCUUCUAUUAUUAUCAUUACCAACUUGAUGCUUUAAGUAUAUUGUGUCUCUAUUUUGAAAGGUCUGAUACCACUAUACUUUAUGAGAAUUGGAGUGUUGAUUUAAUGUCAGUAGGAUCAGAUUGUCUGUUGUAAAGGUAAAGACAGAAAGAACUGUUAUGAGAAAACCAGUUUCUUGUUUCCUCCCUGCACUGUACUUUAUAUCCCAGGGUCCAUCUCUUGUCCCCACAGAUGCACCCACAAUUGCUAGUGGUUUGCCAGAGGUGGCCACUUGAGUGUCAAAGCCAAGAAUGACUUUGGGGAAAACGUGGAAGAAUCUUGGUUCUGACACAAAUGGGGAGCUUGUCCUUUUCACCCAGGACAGUGCAUUCUUCACAGGUGUUUCCCAUCCAAGGACAGCCUGAGGUCUGAUCCGUUCUCAUUGGGGUAAACAGAUAAUUAAAUAAUCCUAAUUUUGAUUCAGCAGCAUACCUUGCUAAUGAUUAUAGAGGCCAUGAAGAUUUUGGUUUUAGGGGAAACGUAAGUUUUCAAGGGAAAAGAAAGGAUGGGUAGAUGUGACUGUACAGUCUUGCCAGAGACUUGCCUCCUUUGUUAAAAGGAGGUGCAUGUGGGGUCAACACCAGCAGGGAAAGGUCUCUGGGCACAUGCCCAUUCCACAUUACAGCCUGGGCAAACAGACCACUUUGACAGAAGCAUUGAGAUGGGCAGUGCUGGAGCACCCUGGCCAAACCCUGGGGUCUCAGCUCUGGACAGUAUAGCUGGGUAGUGGAGGUACUGCAGGAAAUGGGGUCACCUGACAACCUUCUCUUCUGUGGCACACUAGUGGGCAUUGCAGGGGCAGACUGUGCUAAAGGGAGGGCAUUUGCUCCUGGGAGAAAUGCAUGAGUAGCAGCAUGAAGGAAAGGGACUCCCUGCAAGGCUAGGGAGCACUGACUGCCAGGUGGUGGUUGUCUGGGUGCCUCGUGGGCUCUUUGCCUUGGGCACUUCUUGGGACUUACACUGUGACCUGGGCCCUGACACAGCUGUAGGCAAGACCACUCAGGGCAUGGGGCUGCUCUAGGGAGCCAGCACCAUGUCCCUCCCUGGCCUGGAGCAAGGUUGAGCCCAGUGUGAAUGUGGGGUUGUCACAGGCCUGGCCAGGAGUAGCUGAAGACUUAAGUGAGAACCUGGUAAAAGGUUUCUCAUGGUUUGGACCAAAAUUCAACCUUGAGUUGCUUUGAGCUUUGCUUUUUGCCUGACAAUAUUUUCAUGAUACAAUGGGAAGAGCAGCCGUGCCCUUCACACUAGAGAAAUCCGUCACUUGGCUACCCCACGCUCCCUGUGCUGUCCUGUGCAUGGCACACUAGUCCUCCCUUGCAGACCAUGGUCUUUGCAGGUUAAAAAGCAUUAGAAACCCAUUCAAGGAGAGCACUAGGUUUUUCUGUCUGCCUUUAGAUUUUGACCAAAGAUUGAAUCAGAGAAAGGAAGUGUGGGCAGAUGGGAGUGACAUGGAAAAGAAGGAGGGAAGAGGUAACACUGAACUGGUGCUGAAAAAGCAGCUUCCAUAAAUGUGAAAUCAUCAUGUGUGGUAUUUUCAAAGUGCAGCUGUCGAAUCCUAUGGUUGGAUUUUUUUUCUUUUUUUAAUAGAAUUAAUGGUAUUUAUUGCUGUGCCAAUUUUUUAUUUAUAUUAGCUUUACACUUGUAUGUAUAUCUUAUCUGAAUUCUGCCCAAGGAAGGAUGAAGGGUGACUUUUUGAUAUGUUUUUAAUUAAGGUGUUUGAACAAAGGUGACUGUUCAUUUUGCAAUGAAGGCUAUAUUUGAAGUGAAAGAUACACAUUUUGUGGAAAAUGCAGUUCCUAUAGAAGUUUUUCUUGCUGUUUCCCCUUUAUUAGCAUAUAGAGAGUCCUUUUUUCUGGCAACUUGUGAGUGAUGUGAUCUAUAGUAACCAGGGGGUUCUGAGAACUCAUCAUCUAAAAUCUGAAUUAUUUUCUUUACCAAUCUACUAUCAAGACAAGCCUUGUCUGCAAACAUGAAACUCUGGUGGCCACAGAGAAGAAAACAUGUAUCAUGAUUAAAGGGCUGCAUGAACCUCCCAUUUUCCACUCCUUAAGAACUCGGUGUUGUCAGAAUGUGGUAAAUACUGUAUUCUAUUUUUUUAUUAAGUAAAAAGAAAUAUCUUCCCAGAUAAUGUGAAAAGGGUUUUGUAUUUGUGUUCCUGUAUGGCAGCUUUUAUGGAGGAGUUGUAUUAUGCUUUUGAAAUUACUCCUUUCAUAGAAUAUUUUGAAAAUAAACACUUUUAUAUUGUUGUAAUUUCUCCCAUAAAUGUGUAUGCACUUAAAAUUUUCUUAAUAAAAAUGUUUAUCUAAAUGAAA